UUUGCACACGAUGACACCUCCCAACUUUGUUUUCUAUGUGACAUGUCUGAUGUUGGGAAAUGUAGUUCGUUUGACUCACCAGAAUUUCUCUGUAACUCAUAAGCAAGAGAGACGGUUUAUAUCAGCUAUUGUUGGUCAACGCUUGACUUUACAAUGUUUCUAUGAAGCCAACGAUGCAACAAGGUUCUACUGGUACAAGCAGAGUCUUGGACAGAAACCGAAGCUCAUCUCUACUCACUCUGUAUUUAAAGCAAAUGGGACUUUUCAUGAUGAAUUCGAGAACAAUCCACGCUUCACCCUUGAUACAGAAAUUGGGAAAAACCACUUGUAUAUAACAGACUUACAGAAGUCAGACUCAGGUACUUACUACUGUGCAAGGCGGGUUUCUUUAGUCCUAGAAUUUGCAGAAGGCACUACUGUCAGUGUAAAAGGUUCAGGUUUAAACAUCAAACAGCAGUCAGCAUCUGAGACCAUCCAGCCAGGAGGCUCUGUGACUCUGAACUGUACAGUACACACUGGAACCUGUGAUGAAGAUCAUAGUGUUUACUGGUUCAAAGACUCUGGAGAUUUUUACCCAGGACUUCUUUACACCCAUGGAGGCAGGAACGAUCAGUGUGAGAAGAACGAACAAACAUACAACUGCAGUUAUAACCUGCCAGUGAAGAGCAUAAAUGUGUCUCAUGCUGGAACCUACUACUGUGCUGUUGCCUCAUGUGGACACAUACUGUUUGGAAACGGGACAAAACUGAACUUUGAAGAUAAUCGUGCUUCUUUCUGGACUUUCUGGAGUGGUGCCUUUGCAUUUACCUCCAUCCUGAGUGUACUGCUGGCUUUCUUACUGUGUAUGAGCGAUAACUGUGGCUUUAAACCUUCAGAGCCUCAAGCAAUCUCUUCCAGAGCAGAUGCAAAGGGUUUCCAAACAUCAGAAAAGCUAAUUUUUGCUGUUUCAACUGUCAACGGGCACAACCGAUCAAAAAGUCAGAGGGAUCAGACCUGGAGUGAAUGUGCGUACUACAGUGUGAAGCUACAGUGGUACACACAACAGUAAAACUGGAUGUGUUUCAUUUGUUAUUAAGACACAACGUUCUUCUUUUGAGGUUAACUGUAGAAUAAAAUUCAGAUUUGAACAUUUCUUUCUUUCAUAGAUUAUUUGUGCUGUUUGUGGUGUGCAGAUAAAACAUAAUACAUGAAUUUGUGGUUUCUGUUUUAUUUGUUCGGGGGGGUCAUAAUCACAAUAUCAUUGUUUUGAUUUUUCUGCUGGUAAAUGAUUUUUGUAAUGUUACUAUAUUCUAAAUUCUUCUCUCAACAAAAUGUUCUAUAAGAUUUUUUUGUAAAAAAAGAUAAA